AUGGUCCACUGCGCCGGCUGCGAGAGGCCUAUUCUGGACCGCUUUCUGCUCAACGUGCUGGACAGAGCCUGGCACGUCAAGUGCGUGCAGUGCUGCGAGUGCAAAUGCAAUUUGACAGAGAAAUGUUUUUCUCGAGAGGGGAGACUGUACUGCAAAAAUGAUUUCUUUAGGCGGUUCGGCACGAAGUGUGGCGGUUGUUCGCAGGGCAUCUCUCCGAACGACUUGGUCCGGAGGGCCCGGAGCAAAGUGUUUCACCUUAACUGCUUCACCUGCAUGAUGUGCAAUAAGCAGCUCUCCACCGGCGAGGAGCUCUACAUCAUAGACGAGAAUAAAUUCGUUUGCAAAGACGAUUACCUAAACAACACCAGUGUGAAAGACACCAACCUCCUCUCAGUAACGGCAUGCAGCGACCCCAGUUUAUCGCCGGACUCUCAAGACCAGCUACAAGACGACGUGGUCCUAAAGGACACGGAGAUAGCCGCCCUGUCCGACAAAGAAACAGUCAAUAACGAGAACGACGACCAGAACCUCGGAGGGAAGCGGCGCGGACCCCGGACCACCAUCAAGGCCAAGCAGCUGGAGACGCUGAAGGCGGCGUUCGCUGCGACCCCCAAACCCACCAGACACAUCAGGGAGCAGCUGGCCCAGGAGACCGGCCUCAACAUGCGGGUCAUCCAGGUCUGGUUCCAGAACCGACGUUCCAAAGAGAGGCGCAUGAAGCAGCUGAGCGCGCUGGGCGCCCGGAGGCACGCGUUCUUCCGGAGCCCGAGGCGGAUGAGGACGCUGGUGGACCGGCUGGAGCCCGGGGAGCUGAUCCCCAACGGGCCUUUCUCCUACUAUGGAGAUUAUCAAAGCGAGUACUAUGGCUCGGGAGGGAACUAUGACUUCUUCCCUCAGGGGCCUCCGUCAUCACAGGCCCAGACCCCAGUCGAUCUCCCCUUCGUGCCCUCCUCAGGCCCCACGGGCACCCCCCUCGGAGGUAUGGACCACCCCUUACCGGGCCACCACCCCUCGAGUGAGGUGCAGCGCUUCUCCGAUAUCAUGUCCCACCACCCAGGGGACUCUCCCAGCCCGGAGCCCGGCAUCCCAGGGCCACUACACAGCAUCUCUUCCGAGGUGUUCGGCCCUAGUCCACCCUUUACCUCACUGUCGCUGAAUGGCAGCGGAUACAACAACCACCUGUCCCACCCGCCCUCGGAAAUGAACGAGGGCACUGUGUGGUAGCUUUUUGGGAGUGCGGACUCUAUUGGCAUGAGAUUCGGUAACGGAGGGUGGC